AUGAAGCAGUUUUCCUUUCCUUAUUAUCAUUAUCGUCAUCAUCAUCGUCGUCGUCGGAGCAAUAUCUUUAUUUAUACAAAAAUAACUGCUUCUUUACCAUUUAUUGAAAUCGAUUUAAAUUUAACUCCUCAACAAAUGUCCAUGUUUAUUAAUGGUCUCAAAUAUAUACGACCAUGUCAAAUUCAAUACGCUCGUCGAUCAAUCGAUGAAAUUCUUACUGAACAAUAUCAAAAUAUAUCUACCAUUGUAAAACAAUAUCUAAAUGAUAAUAUAAUAUUACAAAUUCGUGCUGAACUUGAACAAAGAAUUGUACGAAGUAUUCAAGACAUACUACGUCAACGACCUUAUGUUGUUAUAUGCCGAGCUGAUAAAACAAAAGCAGUGUACUGUGGUGACACAACUGUUAUGAUAGCUAAAGCACUACAAUAUAUGGCUAGAACGAAAGCUUACGAAGAAAUGACUAAUGGUUGUUGUUCUUUAGCAGAUAUCUUGCAUGUUGUUAAUACAUUGCUGGAUAGUAUUGCACAACAGAAAGCUCUAACGCAAGGGCAAGUGAUGAGAUUACGUCCAAAUCUAAAGAAAUUAGAAUUAGUUCGUUAUCAUGGUCUACCUAAAACACAUAAGGAUGGAACACCAUUACGACCAAUCAUUGUGCCUAUUAAUGCACCAACAACAUUGAUAUCGAAAUUCUUGAAUAAUCUUUUAGCACCUAUCUAUUUACAAGUAGCUCGUGAUACGACCUUUAUCAAUGAUAUUGAUGCCGUUCGAAAAUUAGAAACCUAUGUCUCAAAUGGUUAUUUGUCAUCGGCAACAAAAUUUAUUACAGCUGAUGUCAAAGAUCUCUAUGCAAUGGUACCACGAGAAGGUGCCAUUGAAGCAUUAAUACGAUUUUUAGAAAAAUAUUCCUAUCGUGCGCAUACUAUCGACAAAAAGCGUGGUGGAGCAAUGGGUUCAGCAUUUACACAAGUCUUAGCUAAUAUUUAUAUGUUAGAAUGGGAACAAGAUUUAAUUCAACAUCAAACCAUCCAUCAAGAAAUAUACGGAAGAUAUAUUGAUGAUAUAUUUAUGACUACCAAUCAAACAGUCGAUGAAAUUACCAAUGAACUUACAAAAGCAGCAAAUCGCGAUGUCAAUAUUAAAAUUGAAUAUCGAAUUCAUACAUCCAUUGAUUUUCUUGAUGUGACGAUCAUGAAUGAAAAUGCACAAUUAAGAACAUCAAUUUAUCAUAAACCAACAACUGAACCUUAUAUUUUACCAUAUACAUCAGAUCAUCCACAUCAUGUUCAACGUAAUAUUCCAUAUGCAGCCUUAUUACGCACUGCUCGUCUUUGUUCACAUGUCGAUGACUUUAACACGGAACGCAUUUGUAUUGAUAUGUCCUUAUUAUUAAAUCAUUAUCCACCGAAAUUCAUCACGAAACAUUUCCAACGAUUUUUUCAAUUAAAUAAUGCAAUAUCCGUCUUAGACAAAUUAGAUGAAAACAAGUAUAGACAAUUACAUAAAAAGUUACUUCAACAACCUACACGUCGUGAAAAAAUCUUGCAAACUCUGAUGGAAGAUCCAGUGAAAAAUCCUGAAGUCUUACGAAUUAAGAUCUGGAAUCGAACAGUCAUGCAUCUCCGUUAUCUAUUCGAUAGCGCACUGACAAUACAUUUUCCCAUAGAAUUCUACCGAUGGUGGAAAAAUUAUUAUGUCUAUCCUGGAUCGAAUAUCAAUAAUGUUAAAAUUAGAUGA